UUGCGUGUCCAAGAUAUGGAGGUUCUUGAGAAAAAUAUUGUGGUAACUCUCUGCAAACUUGAGAAGAUAUUUCCUCCUGCAUUUUUUGACUCAAUGGAGCACUUACCUGUUCAUCUAGCUUAUGAAGCUAAGGUUGGGGGGCCCGUGCAGUACAGAUGGAUGUACCCCUUUGAAAGGCUUAUGCAUGAUAUAAAGCAGAAGGUAAAGAAUCGAGCAUCGAUUGAAGGUUCUAUUGUCGAGGCUUACAUCAUAGAAGAAAUAUCAACUUUCUGUUCGCAUUAUUUUGAGCCUUCUAUACAAACGAGGUUAAAUCAAGUUCCCCGUAAUGAAGACGAAGGGGAGUUUGAUCUCGUGGAUCGUCUAUCCAUUUUUACUCAUCAAGGUCGGCCUUUUGGGAAACCUUUUGGAAGGCAUUUGACUACUCAGGAGUUUAAUGCUGCUGAAUUAUAUGUUCUUCUGAAUUGUGAGGAGGUUCAACCUUUUGGAAAGUAUUUUGAUGAUUAUAUCCGGCAAUCUUGUCCAAAUAUAAGCCAAAUAGAUUUGGAAAGACGACGCGAAAUGGAGUUUCCGGCUUGGUUUAGGUCAUAUGUUUCUUGAUUAUGAGGUCAGUCACAAAGCUGUUGCUAUCAUGCGCCAAUUUUUCAAUGGUCCGUGGUUGUCAUGGAGGGAGGUCCCUGCACAUGCUAAAGUUGGAAUGUGGAACAAAUUUGAGGUGAUGUAAUUAAUUUAUAUUUCUUAUCAUUAACUUUUGCCCUU